UGUGAGACCGACAAGCACCGCUGCAACUGUUCCUUUCCUCCAUAAAGGAUAAUUAACAAUACGCACAAUCUGUUUUUCCCCGGGCGGAGCAUCGCUCACGGUGUAAGAUUAAACUCUUCUGCCUGUCAUUCUGAAUUAGUGGCACACUGUGAAGGAGGAACGCACUCCGCUGUGCCUCAACGUGCCCCAGACACUUUUCCUUGACAUCCAAAUGCUGUGAGUCUAUCGCCGCGCCAGCCGCCUUCUGCGAGUUGUGACCAUGGUUGGUUCAUUGACUCAGGAAAGAGGCCUCUCCCCUGCACACCAAUGAGCAAAUCACAUGAUGUAAUGAAGAGGGGUCCUGAGUGUCUACUCUACCAAGAGUCUGCCAACAGGAUAUGAGUAUUUUGAGCCCUGUGACAGACAACAAGUUAAACCUUGUGGGAAUUGUGGGAGGCCCGGAAGACUAUCAAAGAGCCAUGCAGUCAGAGGAGCUGUUCAGCAGGAAACUGAAAGCCCUGAAUGGGAGCAUGGGACCGCCAGCCUCCAGCACACAGGGGAAACCUGAGGGCGGAGGAAAAACAAAUGGCACGCCAGCCAUGCCUAAAAUGGGCGUCAGGGCUAGGGUGACAGAAUGGCCACCGAGGAAAGAUGGAUGGGAUGGGCGGCCUUCACCAAACUAUCAGAGUGUAAUACCAGCGUUUCAGAACGGCCAGCAGGACCAAACAGCGGAAAUACUGGAGCAUGGCGAACUGGUGCCAUUGGAUGCAGACUACUCUGACAAUAAAUACACACUGAGUGACCUCCUCACCCACUCCCCGCUGAAGGGUCUCCACCCGAUCCGUCAGCGCAGCAACAGUGAUGUCACCAUAAGUGACAUCGACUCCGAGGACAUCAUGGACCAGAACGCUGUCAACCCAAACACGGGGGCCUCGCUGCACCGGGAGUAUGGCAGCACGUCCUCUAUUGACCGUCAGGGCCUGAGCGGGGAAGGGUUUUUCACCAUGCUCAGGGGCUACCGGGUGGACACCCUGGACCACCGCAGCGUGCCUCCGCUGGGUUUCCCCGAGCUGCUGCGCUAUGACACUUCCCUCUCCCCCAGCCUGCAGACAGCAGCGCAGAUUGCCAGGGGUGAGAUAGUCCACAUUGCGGGUUACGACUACAUAGACAGCUCUCUCCUCUAUAGCCGGGAGAGGGAGAAGUCCUUUAUGAGGCGUCUGAAGUCGGACUCGUCUGAAACGUCCCUAUUCAGGAAACUACGGACCAUAAAGAGCGAGAGUGAUGCCCUGCGGCUCUCUAUGGAAGAGGACCGCCGACCACUCAGCUUCCAAAAGUGCUUUGCUCACUACGAUGUCCAGAGCGUUCUCUUCAACAUCAGUGAGGCAGUGGCCAACAGAGCUAACCUGAGCCAGAGGAAGAACACCACUACUGGGGCUUCAGCUGCCUCGGCUGGAGCCGGGGCCGGUUCUGGAGCGGGGCCCGGAGGCGGAGGCAUAGCUGUGUCCGGGCCUGGUGUUGGGGCAGAUGGAGGAGUAGCAGGAUGUAGCAGUGGAAAUACCUCUGUGUUCGACUCUCCGCUGGGCAGCAGGGAGGACCUGAACCCCAAGGAGAACCUGGAUGCCGAUGAGGGAGAUGGGAAGAGCAACAGCUUGGUGUUGAGCUGCCCGCACUUCCGCAAUGAGAUUGGUGGCGAGGGCGAGAGGAGGAUCUCCCUCUCCAGAGCCAACAGUGCCAACUACAGCGGUGGAGGAGAGAGCUGCUCCUUUGAAUCCUCCCUGAGUUCCCACUGCACCAAUGCAGGAGUCUCUGUAUUGGAGGUGCCUCGAGAAAACCAGCCUAUCCACAGGGAGAAGGUCAAACGCUACAUCAUUGAGCAUAUCGACCUGGGAGCAUACUACUACCACAAGUACUUCUAUGGGAGAGAGCAUCAAAACUAUUUCGGGGUAGAUGACAAUCUGGGUCCUGUGGCAGUCAGCAUCCGCAGGGAGAGGCUGGAUGAUGGAAAAGAGAAAGAUGGGAUGCAGUACAACUACCGGGUCACCUUCAGAACAAGUCAGCUGACCACGCUGCGUGGGGCAAUCCUGGAAGACGCCGUUCCUUCCACAGCAAGGCAUGGGACGGCCCGCGGACUGCCGCUGAAGGAGGUGCUUGAGUAUGUGAUGCCUGAGCUCAAUAUUCAGUGCCUCAGGCUGGCCAUCAACUCACCCAAGGUCCCCGAGCAGCUCCUCAAGCUGGACGAACAGGGGCUGAGCUUCCAGCACAAGGUGGGAGUGCUGUACUGCAAAGCCGGCCAGAGCACGGAAGAGGAGAUGUACAACAACGAGAGCGCUGGCCCGGCCCUGGAAGAGUUCUUGGACCUGCUGGGACAGAGGGUUCGCCUCAAAGGCUUCACCAAGUACAGAGCGCAGCUGGACAACAAGACGGACUCCACCGGCACCCACUCUCUCUACACCACCUAUAAAGACUACGAGCUGAUGUUUCAUGUGUCCACUCUGCUUCCCUACACCCCCAACAACAGACAGCAGUUAUUAAGGAAGAGGCACAUCGGCAAUGAUAUCGUCACCAUAGUAUUCCAGGAGCCCGGGGCCCUUCCGUUCACUCCGAAAAACAUCCGCUCUCAUUUCCAACACGUGUUUGUCAUCGUCAAAGUCCACAACCCCUGCACUGAUAACGUCUGCUACAGCGUGGCUGUGUCUAGAUCUAAAGAUGUGCCCCCAUUUGGCCCUCCCAUCCCCAAAAGUGUGACCUUCCCCAAGUCGGCCGUGUUCAGGGACUUCCUCCUUGCCAAGGUCAUCAACGGAGAGAACGCCGCACACAAGUCGGAGAAAUUCCGUGCUAUGGCGACUCGUACACGGCAGGAGUACCUGAAGGACCUGGCAGAAAACUUUGUUAGCACGGCUACUAUUGACUCAGCUGUGAAGUUCAGCUUCAUAACCCUUGGAGCCAAGAAGAAGGAGAAGGUAAAGCCGAGGAAGGAUGCCCAUCUGUUGAGCGUGGGUGCCAUCACCUGGAGCGUCCGCGCCCGGGACUUUGGCCAGUCGAUGGAUGUGGACUGCUUGCUGGGCAUCUCCAACGAGUUCAUCGUGCUCAUUGAGGAGGAAUCAAAGAACGUUGUUUUCAACUGCUCCUGUCGCGAUGUCAUCGGCUGGACCUCGGGGAUUAUGAGCAUUAAAAUCUUCUAUGAGCGCGGGGAGUGUGUCAUGCUGUCUGCCCAUGACAACUGCGGGGAAGACAUCAGGGAGAUGGUCCAAAGACUGGAGAUCGCCACCAGGGGCUGUGAAACAUCAGAGAUGACUUUGCGUCGGAACGGCCUGGGCCAGCUGGGUUUCCAUGUCAAUUUUGAGGGCAUCGUGGCCGACGUGGAGCCCUUUGGCUUCGCCUGGAAGGCGGGACUGAGGCAGGGCAGCCGGCUGGUGGAGAUCUGUAAGGUGGCUGUUGCCACUCUCACACAUGAGCAGAUGAUUGACCUGCUGCGCACCUCCAUCACUGUCAAAGUGGUUAUCAUCCAGCCCCAUGAAGACGGCACCCCCCGAAGGGGCUGCUCCGAGCUCUACCGCAUACCCAUGGUGGAGUAUAAGGUUGACAGCGAGGGUACGCCCUGCGAGUACAAGACACCCUUCAGGAGAAACACCACCUGGCAUCGGGUGCCCACGCCUGCUGGUCAACCUUUACCUCGAGGCUCGCCCACACAGGGCCCUGACCGCUUGCAGUGCCAGCAGAUCCUGCAGCAGCACCAGGCAGCCAUCCCGCGAAGCACUUCCUUUGAUAGGAAGCUGCCAGAUGGGCCCAGGACGAUGCAGGACAUGGAGAACCCCCAGGUCAUUUCAUGUAACAAGGGAGACCAGCACUACCGCAGCUCCCCGAGUAACCAGUCCUCCUCCAGUGAUCCGGGACCGUGUGGCAGCAGCACCUGGUCCCAGCAGCCUGGAUAUGAUGGAUGCCCCUCCCCUGUCCUCCACGAGCGUUCAGGGGACAUCCAGGGAGGUGAGGGGGAGAGCCACAGGGAGAGAGAGCCCACCCUGGAGAGGACAAGAUCUGCAGAGGCCAAAUGGCACAUCCCCUCCACUAAGAUCUUGAACUCCCUCAAGCAGAGGGAGGGAGGCAAAGAAUCGCCCAACAAGCUGUCCAGGACGGGAGAUAAAAACUCAAGCCACUCAAGUAGCAACACCCUCUCCAGCAACGCCUCCAGCAACAGCGACGAUAAGCACUUUGGCUCCGGAGAUCUGAUGGACCCGGAGAUGCUGGGCCUCACCUAUAUCAAAGGGGCAUCCACGGACAGCGGCAUCGACACCAAUCCCUGCGUGCCCCCCGGCGCCCGGGUGCUGUUGCAGGGCAGGGUCGGGGAGCAGGGACAUCCGUGGGUGUCAGAGCACCAUGAAGACGGGGCGUCAGAAGAGGAUCAUGGGAAAAUGUACCUUCCGCAGGGUUACGCCUCUGCCAUCAUGUCUGGUCAUGUGACGGAGGGCAGCAUCGGGGACCUGAGCGAGAUCUCCUCCCACUCAAGUGGCUCACACCACUCUGGCAGUCCCCUGGCACGUGGUGCCACAUACUGUAUGUCCGCCGACUCCUCCAAGGUGUACACCAUCCCCCAGACCAGCAGCUCAGGGGCUGGGCCAGAGCCAGGGCCAGGGCCGGGGGUGGGGCCCAGCUCAGAGGCCAGUGGACAGACACACAAACACCCAGUGGGCACUAAGAAGACUGACGAUGCCCACAGCACUGAGGGACCUCCCAACAUUUCAGAGUGUGGAGGAGCAGAGAGCUUGUUAGCCUUCCUGCUCAAAAUGCUGUCUGAGCGUUCAAGGCAGCUGUAUGCACAGGAGGCUGCUUGUCGGCUGCAGGCCGCAGAGCGGGACGGCAAAGCACUGCAGGGACUGUCCAAAGAGGAAUACCUUAAAAUGAUGCUGCCGGACAGUCCUCCAGGAGAGGACAGGAGUAGAAAGAUGUCAGCAGCGGGCAGCUUGUCACCGCGGCGCUCCCUUUACCGGACGCUGUCAGACGAGAGUGUGUGCAGUAACCGUAAGGGCUCGUCCUAUGCCAGCUCACAUAGUUCCAUGCUGGACCAAGCCAUGCCCAACGACAUCCUGUUCAGCACCACCCCACCCUACCACAGCACGCUGCCACCUCGCAUGAUCCACAACCAGGGAGCGUCCAACCUGAGGAAUGAGUUUUGGUUCUCUGACGGCUCCUUGGCGGACAGGUCCAAGUUCAGCGACCCGGGCCUCAUGCCCCUCCCAGACACUGCCUCAGGCCUGGACUGGUCUCACCUGGUUGAUGCAGCACGAGCCUUUGAAGACCAGCGUGUGGCAUCUUUCUGCACUAUGACGGACAUGCAGCGGGCCGAGGCGCUGCAGAUCUCCAGAGAGCUGACCAGACGGGUGGCGGCCGCAGAGGGAGCAGCCCUGGAAGCAGGCAGCUCUCCCUCCACGCUCACUGGCAAAGUCAACCAGCUGGAGGUGAUCCUCAGGCAGCUGCAGUAUGACCUCAGAAAGGAGAAAGAGGACAAGGCAAUGUUGCAGGAGGAGGUACAACACCUGAGACAGGACAACAUGCGCCUCCAGGAGGAGAGCCAGACAGCGGCGGCUCAGCUCAGGAAGUUCACUGAGUGGUUCUUCCACACCAUUGACAAGAAACCCUGAGAGAGAGAGAGAGAGAGAGAAAGAGUGAGAGAAAGAGAGAGAGAGAGAGAGAGAGAGAGAGAGGGUGAGUGGAAGAAAGAGAGAUAGAUGGCCUUCACUGCUCCUGGGCACCCGCUCAACUCCUGAGCAACACAUUCAAGCGAUCCACAAGCAAACAAACUUUAAAUCAUACCAACACAUUUUAGGCCCCAAGAGCAAUGAAAACUCUUUAAAAAAAAAAAAAA